UUUUAAAAAUAGUUUUUACGCCCCUUUCUCAAUACGAGGGCACCAUGGCUGUUUCCCCUCCUGUGAUUCAAAUCCACAACCCUGGUGUCUGAAACCAAUUUGAAUGAGUUUUUUUUUUUCAGGCCUUGCUUUUUGAUGGAAUAUCCAAAAAGAGUCAAACAUUAACGGGGUAUGGUUUCAAUCAAAUACUACGUUUUCGAAGUUCCUUGAGAAAUAUAAUUAGAUUCUGGUUGGUGCAUUGAAAUACUUCGUUUUUCUCCAUGGGAUUUUGGUGAUCAUCUUGAAAAGAAUGUCUGUAGAAUCUGGUCCUCGUUUAGAAUCUGUUCUCAAAAUGGUUGGGGGGGGGGGGAGCUUAAAUUGAGGUUGAUCCUGGGAUGACAUAAAAUUUUCAGGGCUAUUCAGGCCAGUUGUACAUGAUGUUAUUGGUCAGCAACACCAUUGAUAUGACUAACUAGAUUUUAUGGGUGCUUGAAUUUGGCAUAGUGGGGCUUUGAAAUUCCUUGAACAGAAUCCAUGAAAACUGACCAUAUAGGCCCUUUACUUCAAUUACGCUAGUAAUUUUAGAACUUGGCUGCCUGUAAUUGGCCCUGUAUUAUGCAUAGAUUUACCUGCGGAAUACUGAAAAUGAAUGGAUGCUUCGGAUAGUGGUGUUUAAUGGUGAAAUUUCAUCUUUGGUAACAUUCAGAGGUGCGCACAGUAAUGUCGUGCGUAACUGCUUCACGCACACGAACAGAUUACUAAUCUGUAAUUACUAAUAUUUGAAUCACUUAGAAAAAUCUGUUAGACUUUAGAAGUAAUUAAGUAUAUUUUCCCCUUGAAUUUUUAAAUCAUAUUUACUCUAUUUCCCACCUUUAACAUUUCAAUUACAGUUGUAAUCCACCUACUUUAAUAUCCGUGUCCAACCAAUUCCUUUUUCCCUGCUGCCGCCAAAUAAGGUACUGCAUGUAUUUUUUUCGGGCCGACGUGGCACAUCAUUAUGAAGUUGAGAAAUUAUAGGUAUUUCGGUGUAUUUAAAACUUGUAGAACCUAAUAGGUUUGAUUUCAGUGUGUUGUGAUUAGGUUACUUUCCAUGUGACGCAUUAUCUUUAUUUUUAACUUUUCUAAGAUGCUGUAUAUAAGGAUUAAAGCUAAUAUAUAGCUAAUUCUAUAUGAAAGCGAAUUGUAUUUAACCAUGUCAUCCAAUGUUUCUGUUCGCUAAGCGUUCAGUACAUUUGCUUUAAGGCAGUACGGAGUGUCUCCACAAGGUGGCUGGCAAAGGCAAUCGCUUUGCGCUAAGGGGCGGGCCGAGGCACGGAAGGAGACCAGCCUUGUGUAUGGCGUCACUACCUGCGUAAAUUUAGCAAGUAUGGCGGAAGUUCAGAAACGUCAGCAUGGUCGAAUUAAAGGAAAAGCUGAUUAUAAAAGCGCUACACACAGUGAUGAAGGGACUGGGAUGGCGGCCGAAACGCUGACAGUAUUUUUAAAGCUUUUUGCAGCAGGAUUUUAUGGACUUAGUUCGUUUCUAAUCGUUGUUGUGAACAAAAGCGUCCUGACGAACUACAGGUUCCCAUCAUCAAUAUGUGUCGGAAUCGGUCAGAUGCUGGCCACAGUCAUCGUUCUGUGGGUGGGAAAGGCGCUCAGGGUGAUAAACUUUCCCGAUUUUGAUAAAAACAUACCUCGCAAGACAUUUCCACUACCUCUUCUUUAUGUGGGGAAUCAAAUUACAGGAUUGUUUGGAACAAAGAGGCUUAAUUUGCCCAUGUUCACAGUCCUGAGGAGAUUCUCCAUACUCUUCACUAUGCUGGCAGAGGGAAUCCUGUUGAAAAAGAAAUUCUCCCGUCCUGUCCAGCUGACAGUAUUUGCAAUGAUUUUAGGAGCUUUUGUGGCUGCCAGCACUGAUUUAGCCUUUGACUUACAAGGCUAUGUGUUCAUUCUGCUCAACGAUGUCCUGACCGCUGCCAAUGGGGCAUACGUCAAGCAGAAAUUGGACUCCAAGGAGCUCGGGAAGUACGGGCUGCUGUACUACAAUGCACUGUUUAUGAUUGUCCCCACGCUGCUGCUGGCCCAUUUCACCGGAGACAUACAGAAGGCUAUGGAGUUUGAGGGGUGGUCAGACAUGCUCUUCGCCAGCCAGUUUGUGCUGUCGUGUGUCAUGGGGUUCAUUCUGAUGUACUCAACAGUGCUGUGCACGCAGUACAACUCCGCAUUGACGACAACCAUCGUGGGCUGCAUCAAGAACAUUUUGGUGACCUAUAUUGGGAUGGUGUUUGGUGGGGACUACAUAUUCACCUGGACCAACUUUAUUGGUUUAAAUAUCAGUAUUGCUGGAAGCCUGGUGUACUCCUACAUCACCUUCACAGAAGAACAGUCAAGUAAGCAGAGCGAAAGCAACAACAAGCUGGAGUUGAAAGGGAAGAUAGCUGUAUGACUGUAACGUAAAGGGUCCCUCCCCCCUCCCCCCAAUUGUUUGGCUCCACAAAAACUGGUUUUAUUUAUUGCUUUGUAUGCCCAGGAGCUGAAGAUAAGCCAAACCAAAAGACUGCUAAGUUUGUGGGGGGAUGGGGGGGGGGGUUGAGUGUGAAGCGACAAUAACAGGAAAGUGUCUUGCCCUCACACCUGUGUGUGUGGCGAGGGGGGAGUUUUUUUUUUUUGUUUGUUUCUUUUUUUUUUUUUAAUCAGUGUUAAGGAAUGUGUUUUGUCAUUCCUGGUUUUGUUUACCAUUGCAAUAAUUUCAGCCAGUCAUGUAAACGACUGCUCUUGGACCAGUCAGAUGCGGUCAAAUGGCUCAGAUUUAAAAAAUAUUUUAGCAGUGUUUAUAUUUGUGUUUGAAUGUUUAUCUUUUUUUUCUUUUUUUUAAUAAAGGGAUGUCUUGGGUCACAUGCAGAUGUGAAAAUGUGGCAAAAAACACAUUGGACAGAUUUUUAAGUCCAGUUUGGGAUGAGAAUAUUAAUUUAGUGUUACACACCUUUGUGACGAAUCUGUAUGGAGCACAGUAUAGCAGAACGGUCAGAAGGAAUCUGCGAGGCUGUGUGUGUUCAUAGACUGUAGAGUUCAAUUUAAAAGGCAUUGAAAAUGAUAUCUAUUCAGAAAGAACCAGAAUUUUUAUAUUUAUUCCUCAGUGUUUACACUAUUGUAUGGAAUAUAUGGUAGAAAGCAAAAAAAUGGCGUUUUAUGACACCAUUGCUUUAAAAUGCUGGAGCCACAUGUAGUAAGAUUUGUAUCAUUUGUAUUUGUAACCUAAUGUGGUUUGUAUUUGACAAAAGACUAAUAACAUAGCUAGUGAAUGCACUUUUAACAGUUUACAACCAUGUGGGUGUUUUCUUAUGUAUAUUGUGGAGAUGUGGUGAAAUGAGGGUGUAUUUUCAAAUGUUUACCUUUUUAUUUCAACAGAAAUGCCUUAAGGGGGAGAACGCCAGCUGGCAGUUGAAAUUGAAAUAAGACCUCCUACGUAUUCGUUGACUGGUCAUUUGUUAAAACGGGUCAUUGUAAAUCCGUGAUAAAGGAGAGAAGGUAAUGUGAAAUCCACUUCAUGGAUUUUAUGGGAAAGGAACUUAUCAAGUUUAUUUUUGUUUAAUUGUUUUUUUAUUAUAACUGUACACAAAAUGCAUUUUUUAAAUUCUGAAGACUAAAGCAUCGUUUGCUAGAAGGUAAACAGGUCAGUAAAUACAAAUCAUGUCACAAUGUGGUUAUAUUCUUGAACUAUUCCAUCAGAACAUAAGUAUUAUAAAUUUUGUUUGUUCUUUUCUUUCCAAGCUGUUUGUCCAAAAACAACUUUUUUUAUUUGAAUCUUUGUCCUCAGAAGUGACUCCAUUGCACAAGCAUUUUGUGACGAUUGAGUAUUGUUCUUUAUUCUGAAUUAUGGGAAUCACAAAGUCCAGUCCUGGAGAGACAGUGUUUGUGGUUUCCUUUUAGUCACCUGCCAAUUUAGGCUUUGGAAACAAGGUGUGUGGACUAUAGCCAAGUGCUGGAAAGGAAGCAAACUGUGGACUUCUAGGAUUUGAGUUUAAGAUCCUUACUGUAUGUGUGUGCUUGACUUGUUACAAAUUCUGUCACAAGAUGGCAAAUUCAUAAUUAUGAUGGCUCAUAUUCCGAUGUCUUCAUUUUAUAGUCACCAUUUUGGAAAAUGUGAAAUGAAUUUUUUCAUCAAUUUUUCUAUGUUAAGUCAUACCAAUUUAACAUGCGUUUUGGCAGGAAAUAUUUAUGUAUUUUGAGCUUUCCAGGUUCCAAUGAGCACCAAGUGAACAAGUGGACAUCUGUCCAGUUUGUAUACUAUAGUAUGGAAGGUUCUUCUUGUGACUGCAUAAUGUGCAAAAUUAAAGUGCCUACAUUUCAUUAAUCAAA